GAGGCCCAUAGUCCUCCUGAGUUCUCAUCAUGGAAACACCCACACCCAGGCCCAGGGCGGGGCGGUCUGCUUGCUGUGGGUUCACAGCUCUGAGGGCCCGGAAGGACAGCAGCAGCUACUGACCCACCACAUCCUGUGUGUCUCUGUCCUUCAGGCCCAGGCCUCCUCCAUCUGCAGAGCAGGAGCCUCAGAGCAGACGCCAUGGCAUCCAUCCUCUCUGCUCUUCUCUGCCUCGGUCAGUUGUGGACACCCACCAUCUGGGCUGAGCCAGGCCCUGUGAUCCCUUACGGGAACCCUGUGACCCUCUGGUGUCAGGGGACCCUGGAAGCCCAGGAGUUCUGUAUGUAUAGACAACAAAAACGUGUGCUUUGGAAAACACAGACUAAGUGGAAUCCCAGAGACAAGGUCAAGUUAUCCAUCACACGCAUGACAGAGCAUGAUGCAGGGAGAUACUACUGUUACUAUAUCAGAUUCACAGGCUGGUCAAAGUUCAGUGACCCUCUGCAUCUGGUGGUGACAGGAGCCUACAGCAAACCCAACCUCUCAGCCCUGCCCAGCCCUGUCGUGACCUCAGGAGGGAACGUGACCCUCCAGUGUGGCUCAGGGCAGGGAUUUCACAGGUUCCUUCUGACUAAGGAAGGAGAUCACAGGCUCUCCUGGGCCCUGGACUCACAGCCACAGCCCAGUGGGCAGUUCCAGGCCCUGUUCCCUGUGGGCCCCGUGACCCACAGCAACAGGUGGACGUUCAGAUGCUAUGGCUGCUACAGGGACAGGCCCCAUGUGUGGUCACACCCCAGUGACCCCCUGGAGCUCCUGGUCUCAGGUGAGUCUUGGAAGCCCUCUCUCCUGAGCCAGCAGGGCUCCAUUGUGGCCUCUGGACAGAGCCUGAUCCUCCAGUGUCGCUCUGAUGUCGGCUAUGACAGAUUCGCUCUGCACAAGGAGGGGGAAUUGGACCUCUUCCAGAGCCUUGUCCUGCAGCCCCAGGCUGGGCUCUCUCAGGCCCACUUCCCCCUGGGCACUGUGAGCAGCUCCCACGGGGGCCGGUACAGAUGCUACGGUGGAUACAACCUGUCCUCUGAGUGGUCGGCCCCCAGCGACCCCCUGGACAUCCUGGUGGCAGGACACCUGCCUGACAGACCAUCUCUAUCAGUGGUGGUACACAUAGGCCCCAGGGUGGCAUCUGAAGGAAUGGUGACCCUGCGGUGUCAGUCACAGAGCCUGAGGGACACGUUCCUUCUGGCCAAGGAGGGGGCAGCCGAUCCCCCCUCUCGUCUGAGAUCAGAACACCGAGCUCAGCAGUACCAGGCGCAGUUCUCCCUGAGUCCUGUGACCUCAGCUCACAGGGGCACCUACAGAUGCUACAGCUCACACAGCUCCUCCCCCUUCCUGCUGUCACUCCCCAGUGAGCCCCUGGAACUCCUGGUCUCAGCUUCAACCCCCCAAGACUACACCGUGGGGAAUCUCAUCCGGAUGGGCGUGGCUGGCUUGGUCCUGGUGGUCGUUGGGGUGUUGCUGUUUCAGGAUUGGCAGCCGGGACGGAAACACAAAAGACAACAAACCCACCGUCCAGCGAGGCAGAACCUUGGAAAUGGAUCUGAUGCUACCAAGGGCUUCUGGAGGAUCGCUGGGUCAUAA